UAUUCUCGCUAAAUGCCCAGCAACCACAGCUCCCAUCAAGCCGUUAAGAGCAAACCCUAGCGAGUUUCUCACCGAUCCGCAAGAAGAAGAAGAAGCGAUCAGAUCAAGAUGGCGAUGGCUGCUUUGAGACGCGAGGGGAGGCGUUUGGCCGCCGCUCCGUUCACUUCUCCCACCCCUCUCAAUGCGCUCCGCUCCUCUCUUGUCUCUCCUUCCGAGGAGAUAGGCUCAUCUGGAGUCCGUUUUAUUUCUACUCAAGUUGUGAGGAAUCGGAUGAAGAGUGUUAAAAACAUUCAAAAAAUCACAAAGGCAAUGAAGAUGGUUGCAGCUUCUAAGCUUCGAGCUAUUCAGACUAGAGCUGAAAAUUCACGUGGCCUCUGGCAGCCAUUCACUGCUCUCCUUGGUGACACUCCAAGUGUUGAUGUAAAGAAGAAUGUCAUCAUUACUAUUUCUUCAGACAAAGGUCUUUGUGGUGGAAUUAAUUCUACAUCUGUCAAGACAAGCCGGAAUAUUCACAAGUUGAAUUCUGGUCCUGAGAAGGAAAACAAAUAUGUAAUUCUGGGAGAGAAGGCAAAGGCACAGUUGGUGCGAGAUUCAAAGAAAGACAUUGAAUUGAUUAUAACUGAGUUGCAGAAGAAUCCUCUCAACUAUACUCAGGUCUCAGUGGUUGCUGAUGACAUCCUUAAAAAUGUAGAGUUUGAUGCUCUAAGAAUUGUUUUCAACAAGUUCCAGUCAGUUGUCUCAUUUGUGCCAACCAUGUCUACUGUAUUAUCACCUGAGGUUGUGGAGAGAGAAUCUGAAUCUGGGGGAAAGCUUGGCGAUUUGGAUUCUUAUGAAAUUGAAGGUGCUGAGUCAAAGUCAGAAGUCCUUCAGAAUCUCACUGAAUUCCAAUUUUCAAGUGUAUUGUUCAAUGCUGUUCUAGAGAAUGCUUGCAGUGAGCAAGGGGCAAGGAUGUCUGCCAUGGACAGCUCCAGCAGGAAUGCUGGUGAAAUGCUUGAUCGCCUUACCCUCACUUACAACAGAACCCGUCAAGCAUCUAUCACCACAGAACUGAUAGAGAUCAUAUCAGGAGCAUCAGCAUUGGAGGGCUGAUUAAACCGCCCCUACUUCAUAAUUUCUGAUGGUGAUGAAAUAAAACUCUAUGAAGGCUGUUAUUGCACUUGCUUCUCCUACAACAUACUGAGAUUUUUGGUUGGUCGUUAAUAAUCUCCUGGAUAAUUUCGGGAGAAUUUGGUCCUGGUUGAAAAAUAUCUUUGUGAAACCCAGUUUACCCUCUCCCGUAUUUGCCAGAGUUCUGUAACUCAGUUAAGAAUUUUUUUUCUUUUCUUUUUGCCCUAAGAUAAAUAUAAUCCACAUUUGUGAACUGGCACUGAUCUCCUUGCAGUGGGAAAAAUUGAAUUUAUGUUUUCAAUUAUUUGAUUGAGAAUGUUAUGCUGGUUAGAAUUGAAA